GUAGACAGGAAGUAGAACUGUCACGUUGUUGAAACGGAUGUGUUGACGUUGUUUUUUUGGCUGACGUUUGAGAUAAGCCGUGAGAGUGUAAAGUCAGUGUCACAGGAUUGGAAUAAAUGAAGUCAUGAUGCGAUUAAGUUACAAUAGAGAGGGAAGGAGGAGGUGAGAGGGUCUGGAUUGCUGCCGUCUUUCUCCAGUCUUCAGCCCCAGGGAUGGCUCUGGUCAGAUUUCAGAUCCCACUGGAUAUAUGUUACGGGUCUUUGAGCCUUUACAUCUCAAUUCUACACAAUGUAUUUUUGUUGUAUCACAUAGAUAUUUUUGUAUCUGUUUACAAAAUUGACAAGGCUUCAUUUUGGAUUGGAGAGACUGUGUUUUUUUUAUGGAACUCCAUUAAUGACCCAUUAUUUGGUUGGCUCAGUGAUAGCAGAUAUCUUCAGCAGCACAAGCUACAGAGCUCAAGCCCUAAUCAUGGAGUACAGAUUCUUCUUAAUAGACUUAAUGCUCUAAAAUGGAAUGGCCCUCUGUUUGCCCUCUCUUUUCUUGGCUUUUGGAUUUCCUGGAUUUAUCCAUCGAUACAGUUUGUGGUGUGCCUCUGCCUAUAUGAUGGUUUUCUCACAGUGAUAGACUUGCAUCACAAUGCUCUCUUAGCUGACCUGGCCGUGUCUGCUGAGCUGCGGGCCAAGCUCAAUUCUAAGUGCAGCAUCUUUAGUGCACUUGGAUCCAUAUCGGUGUUCCUGUCUUACUCUGUCUGGAACAAAGCGUCCCUGACUUCAUUUCGCUGGUUCUGUACAGGACUAGCUAUCUUCUCUUUGAUUGGGUUUAUUGUGAGCUGCCGAAAACUCCAGGAUGCCAUUUGCAACAGGAAGAAAAAUGAAGACUACAAUGAGACUGAAGUAAAUAGAUUACAACACGCUGAUGAAUUCACAGAAGUGGACAUAUCAGAGAGACGGGCCCUCAAGAAAUAUGUCAUAGAGCUAUUUUCACACACUAAUUUUUUAUGGUUCUCACUGAUGAAUAUAGUACAGGUGUUUCACUGUCAUUUUAAUAGCAACUUUUUCCCCCUGUUUUUGGAGAGUCUGCUGGGAAAUGCAAUCAGUCCGACUGUGAGCUCUAUGAUUAUAGGUACGUCGUUUGUGGCCCCUCACAUCAACAACCUGUACUUCCUGUCCCUGUGCAAGAAGUUUGGGCUGUACCGAGUUAUACGAUUCCUCUUCCUAGUCAAACUUCUCAUCAGUCUGCUCAUGAUCUUCGCUGGACCCAAUCAUAUAUGGCUGAUCUGUCUUUUCAUAGCAAGUAAUCGUGUGUUUACGGAAGGGACAUGUAAACUACUUAACCUGGUUGUGAGUGAUUUGGUGGACGAAGAUUAUGUCCUUCACAAGCGCACACAGGCUGUCUCUGCACUCAUGUUUGGCAUGACUGCUUUAGUGUCUAAACCAGGACAAACCAUUGCCCCAAUCCUGGGAACCUGGUUACUCGCAUCUCAGACAGGGCAUGACAUUUUCCAGUCUUCUGGAGAUGGACCAGUUAACAUGGACCUGGCUGGGAUGAGCAGUCAGGAGGUAGCCAAUCACCGCCUGGGGUGUUUCCACAUGCUCGUGUAUGUUCCCCUAGCCUGUGCCGUACUACAGCUGGUUACCUGGUCACGAUUCUCUCUGCGUGGCAGACGACUCCUCUGGAUCAAAUCUGUGCGAGCUGGCUCUCAGUACUCAACCGUCUGACCCCUUCUGUGGGUUAAUGGAAUGUGUUUAUUGAUUGGUACCUUAUUGUUCUCUGUGCAUUUUCUGUUCUACUUUUGUUAUGGCAUUCCAGAUGUGCUUUGUUACACAUUUAUAAUAUGUGCUGCAAAUUUCUGAACAUUCCUAUGGUGCUAUGACAACAAAAAAGUGAAUUAUGAGUAUAGUUAUGGGUAUAUUGUGUG